GGGGAGUGUGCGACGGCUUAAGGUGGCGGGCGCGUCUGCCUCCAGCUUCCCUGCUACGGGCUAGGUGGCGGCGGGAGGUGGGCGCUGCGCGGGCGCGCGCGGCGCGGGGACUGCGCCGACCCGGCUCCGGGGGACGACGACCCCUCGCCCGCGCAAGGUGGCCAGGUUGUCAAGAUGAUCUGACCGAGUGGCAAGAUGGCAGAACAGAGGUGCCUGUCACUCCUCCCGCCCACCAAGAAGAGCAGGAGCAACAGCUGCUGGGCUGCAUUUUAGGGAAUGGAAGAUGGAAGUGGCGUUUUAUCCCACAGAUUUCAGUAGGUCUUCUUGAAACUUAACUAUGCCAGCCCUUUCCUCAGAGAACACUCCUCAGUACCAGCUACAUGCACCAAAUCGACCCCUAGAUGUUGACUGUAUGCUGUUCUUGAUCAUACUUGGGAAAAUACUAUUAAAUAUCCUCACGCUAGGAAUGAGAAGAAAAACCACCAACCAAAAUUUUAUGGACUAUUUUUGCAUUUCGCUAGCACUCAUCGAUCUUUUUCUUUUAGUAAACAUUUCCAUUAUAUCCUACUUCAGGGAUUUUGUAAUUUUAGGCAUUAGGUUUACUAGAUACCACAUCUGCCUGUUGACUCAGCUUGCUUCCCUCAUUUAUGGCUUUUUGCAUUAUCCAGUUUUCCUAAUAGCAUAUAUAGAUUAUUGCUUGAGUUUCUCUAAGAUCGCCAAACUAUCAUCCAAGUGUCAAAGGUUAUUUUAUUUGUCUGUAGUAAGUUUAAUUUGGAUUUCAGUCCUGGCUUACAUUCUGGGAGAUCCAACUAUCUACCAAAGCCUGGAGGCACAUGGAGUCUCUUACCAGUGUCCGUCCUAUGUCAGCUCUCAGAGUUACUGGCUUUCCGUGUCUAUGAUGAUGGUUUUAGCUGGGGCGUUUAUAACCUCUUGGUCAGAAGUCCUGACCUUGAUUCAGGCUGUGAGAAUAACUUCCUAUAUGAACGAGACCAUCCUGUAUUUCCCCUUUUCCCCACACUGUAGCUACACUGGGAACGCUAAAAAGACUCUUGCAUCCAAGCUCACUGUCUGCUUCCUUGGAACCUGGUUGCCAUUUGUGCUGCUUCAGGCGGUCAUGCUCUUCCUCAGUGUGCAGAUGCCCGCGUACAUUGAGAUGAACAUCCCUUGGCUGUACUUUGUCAAUAGUUUUCUCAUUGCUAUAGUUUGUUGGUUUAAUUGUCAUAAAGUUUAUUUAAAAGAUUCUGUAUUUCCUGUGGAUCCCUUUGUCAACUGGAAAUGCUGCUUCAUCCCACUUAUGAUUCAUCAUCUUGAACAAACUGAAAAGCCUAUAUCAGUAAUAAUUUGUUAGUGUUGCCAUGCUAAAACUAAUACAAAUCCUAGUUUACAAACUGGAAAGAAUGACCGCUCAGGCCAGAACCCUAAUGGAAGCUUAUUCCCUAACUUUUCCAUCUCUUCAGCACGUGCCUUUGGGGCUUUAUUAUUUACUGGGUAGUCUUGAAAUUUUUAUGCUUCUUCAGGAACACUGUGUAAAUAAAUAUUUGUUAUUAAUACAGAAAAUAAACAAGUUAACAUUUGGCUAUACUGAUGUUUGCUUUACCCUCAAAUGAUG